AGUGACAUGGCAGCGUCCAGUGUGAUCCAGUAAUUCAGACUCUGCGAUGUAAUACGUGGUUGCGUGAUUUCGUGCCAAACAGGCUAUAUGUAUAAGCAGAUUUAUUUGCGAUGUCGAACUACAAUGAAACGAGCUGCAUUCAUUCUCGCAGGGAUAAAUUACCGCGCAACGCUAGACCGAGACACGUAAGAUGUUUAAAUUUCGGACAUGCAAUCCUGGAGCUCGACGUCGUAGAGCAGCACUUCGCAUCGAAUCGCGUCGUCGUGAUCGACGAGAAUGUGGCCCGGAUACCGUGCACAGAGAAGGAGAAUUAUGUGCGUAAAUGGCUCGAGACUCACGAGAACGGCGAAACCGAUUCGUCCGAGUCGUCCUCUGUUCCAGCGAUGACUACCUCGGCUUCCGAGAAAUCGCCGAUCCUCAGUAAGAGUAGGAAACGACCUAGGGGAAAAGUCUGUAUAAAUAGAAACGCUACAGUGAAAAGAUUGAGUAAUGAUGAGUGCCAGAACGAUGUGAGAUAUUCUGUGAAUUACACGAUACCAUUCAAGCCAUAUGAAAGAGAAGAAAACAGUGAAGACAAACAGAAUCAUGUGAGCAAGUUGCAGUAUACACCACCUUGUAUCGAAAAGGUGGUUGCUGAUGAGAUGUCUCCUGUCCUUGGUCGUGUUUAUAAAAAAACAAGGAGAAAAUUACAGUAUGAAUUAGAAUAUGGCAUUUCUCCAAAACAUUUAAAGUUAUAUGAUCAUAAAAUCACAGAUAUGAAAUUAAUAACAGAGCCUGAUAAUAAUUGCAAUAAUUUGAAAGAAACACCUGUGGAUUAUAAUAAGUUGCAAGAAAAUUUGGAUAUUUCAGCUGGAACGCCCAACACAAAUAAAAGUUCAGAGAAAUAUCAAAGAUGUAUAGAAACAUUUUCAUCGCCGACACAAGAGAAAUUAAGUUUCGUCGACAGCUCAAAUAAUUUGACUGACAAAAGUAAUUCAGAGAUAGAAACAAGUGUAAACAAUAAUAGUAAAGAUGAAGAACAUGAUGAAUUUUUAAGCAUACAUAGUAGUAGCAACAAUUUAAAUAACUUGAUAGAAGACUUUGAUACACAAGAAGAUACACAAGAAAAUAUAAAAACAUCUCGUCUCUCAAGCUCAUCAAAUUUUUCAGUAAAUAAAGCUCCAAUUCUUUCAGAACAACCAUUUAUUAUUUCACAGUUAAUUACUAAUGACUCAGAUGAAACUUAUUGUUCAGAAGCAGAAAUGAUGCUAAAUCAAGGUAUAUGUCUGUCAGCAAUGAUAUCUGAAGUGCCAUCUUUGAAUAAAACCACACAAAAGACAAGUAACAAAUCGACUCAAGAAGCCAUUAUUAGUACGAUAACAACUCCAUCGAAAAAGUCUCCAGAUGAGAAUAUGUAUGCACAUCUUUUGAACUCUGGAAAGAAACGUCGCAAGCCUAAGAAAGGAAGCAUGGUUGCAAAACUUCGGUCUUUGAUCAAUGCAGAAAUAUCCAAUGUUCGUAUAUGGCGUUAUCGAAUGAACAAAGAAUAUGAUGCUACGACAGCACGAUACAUCAGUGUAUAUAUACACAAGUCUAUAAAACAAUUUGGUAAUCAGUUCCUGGAAGGUAUCCUAAUCGAGGAUCGCUUCAAUCUCUUACAAAGUGACGAACAGAUGGAAGAACAUAAUAAUCAAGCUCAAUCAAAGAAAACUUUAUACAAAAAUAUAACAAUUAUUCUAGUCUGUGAUAUAGUCGGUACAUUGAAAAUGAUAAUGUCCAUUGCUCAGGAUCGUCCAGAGUUAUAUGAAGAAGUUAAGCUUUACAAAAAUGCCCGGGAAAGGGAGAAGCAUGAUAACCAAGCGGAUCUGUACGCCGUAGUAAAUACAUUGCAACAUUUGGAAAAGGCUUACAUCAGAGAUUGCGUUACGCCAAAGGAAUAUACAGCAGCUUGUAGCAAAUUGUUAGUGCAAUACAGAGCAGCGUUUAAACAGGUGCAAAGUGAUCAGUUUCCAACAAUUGAUUCCUUUACUCGAGCAUUCCGUUUAGAUUGUCCUGCUGCUCUUGAGAGAAUCAAGGAAGACAGACCGAUCACAAUAAAAGAUGACAAAGGCAAUACUUCCAAGUGUAUCGCAGACAUUGUCUCGCUGUUUAUCACGCUUAUGGAUAAACUGCGAUUAGAAAUCAAAGCCAUGGAUCAAUUGCAUCCAGAUCUAAGAGAUCUCAUGGAUACUAUGAAUCGACUCAGUAUAUUACCCAGUGAUUUUGACGGUAAAGAGAAAGUUGCAGAAUGGUUACAAACUCUGGACAAUAUGUCUGCCUCAGACGAAUUGUCGGACACUCAGGUCAGACAAUUAAUAUUUGAUCUAGAAACAUCGUACAAUGCUUUUAAUAAAAUACUUCAUAAUUCUUAAUUUUUGUUUUUAUCGAGUUGAAUUAAUCUAAUAUUAUCUAUAAUAUAAGCCCGGAUUUUAUAUAGUAUAUUAAUUAUAAUACUCUUUAUUAAAACGGAAUAAUUAGUAUGAAAUAUAUAUUAAUUAUUAUUUAUACAAAAUUAUAUUAGUAAUUAUACAGAUUAUAUUAUUAAUUGCAAAAUAUCAAAAAAUGCAUCGAGGGUUUUUUAUUAUAGAUAAUAUUAAUUUAUGCAAUUGCAUUGAUAGUAUCUAUAAUUACACUAUUUUGGUAAGUAAAAGCUUGCCAUUUUACACCACUUUGCAUUGUUCCUUGAAUCACGUGUAAAACUCGCAAUAUUCAAAGUCCUCGUAUACAUUUUAUCGCUAACUAACUAUUGAAUAUACGUACAUACAUGUGUAUACAUACGAAUAUAUAUAUAUAUAUAACUGCGCAGAGUAAACUAUUUUAUAUGUGAUUCUUUGUAAACAUCAACUGGAGAAAAGUUGAGCAAUGCUUGCGUUAUGUAUAUUAUUGUUUGAGUCAAUAAAAAAAAUGCGUACAGUUUUAUUAA